GAGGAGCAAAGGGCAGGGGCAGGAACUUGCCGGCAGGGCCUGGGCUCAAUGGGCCGUGGCAGCACAAGCAGCAGAGAGGGGAGGGUGGGGCAGCGCCUGUGGAGCUGACCCUGGCACUCCAACCUUUGGCUGCAUGGACCUCAGCCCUUCCCAUCCGCCCCCUGCUUUCUGCCAACCUGACACAAACACUUCCCUUCUGUGGAUCUUCAGGCCCAUAAAUACCAGCCUGUCUGCCGGUUAGACACCAGCCAGGGUGCCCGGGAAGCCCAGCUCCACAUCAGCAGUUUAGGAAAAAGAAAUUUCUUCUCUCCAAAGGAGCAGGAAAAUUGUCUCCUCAGAGAAAGGGCCACUGGGGUGCAGGUGGGACAGAGCUGAGACACCCCCAGCCGGCCACACCUCCUGGUGCCGCCCCACGCCAGCAUGUGCUCACUGCCCGUGCCCCGGGAACCCCUGCGCCGCGUGGCGGUGGCCGGGGGCACACAUGGCAACGAGAUGUCGGGCAUCUACCUGGUGCGGCACUGGCUACUGACCCCGGCAGAGCUGCAGAGACCCAGCUUCUCCGCAGUGCCAGUGCUGGCCAACCCCGCAGCCACCGCCGCCUGCCGCCGCUACGUGGACCGUGACCUCAACCGCACCUUCGCCAGCACCUUCCUCAAUUCCAGGCCUACCCCGGACGACCCAUACGAGGUGACGAGAGCCCGAGAGCUGAACCAGCUGCUGGGGCCCAAGGCCUCGGGCCAGGCUUUUGACUUUGUCCUUGACCUGCACAACACCACGGCCAACAUGGGCACCUGCUUAAUCGCAGACUCCUCCCACGACGUCUUUGCCUUGCACCUGUGCCGCCAUCUGCAGCUGCAGUACCCCGAGCUGUCCUGCCAGGUCUUGCUGUACCAGCGGUCCGGGGAGGAGAGCCACAAUCUGAACUCCGUGGCCAAAAACGGAUUGGGUCUGGAGCUGGGCCCCCAGCCACAGGGUGUGCUGCGGGCUGACAUCUUCUCGAGGAUGAGCGCCCUGGUGGCCACAGUUCUGGACUUCAUCGAACUCUUCAACCAGGGCACAACCUUUCCGGCCUUUGAGAUGGAAGCCUAUAGACCCGUGGGCGUCAUGGACUUCCCCCGCACUGAGGCUGGGAACCUGGCAGGCACCGUGCAUCCUCAGCUGCAGGACCAAGACUUCCAGCCGCUGCAGCCUGGUGAUCCCAUCUUCCAAAUGUUCAGUGGGGAGGACCUGCUCUAUGAAGGAGAGUCCGCGGUGUACCCCGUGUUCAUUAACGAGGCUGCCUACUAUGAGAAGGGUGUCGCCUUUGUCCAGACUGAAAAGUUGACAUUCUCCGUGCCUGCCAUGCCCGCGCUGACCCCUGCCCCUAGCCCAGCUUCCUAACCCAAGCCACACCUCCCCAACCUGAGCCUUCCCAUCUGAACAAUGGGUCCUGAGGCACAGCUCCGAGCACAGAGGCCCCUUUUGUCACCUACCAUGCACCACGUUCCUUGCCAGGUCCCCCAACCCUUGGCCUCAGUUUCCUAUUCUAUAAAAUGGAAAAUGUCCA